ACGACUUUCGGUUACGGGGAUUUGGGCGAGGUGCAGGCUGGUCCAGGUGGACCAGGUAGACGGGGCGGACGGGGAAACCAAGAAGUCGGGCGAGAGGCGGCGGGCCGAGGGCAGCCGGAGCCCCGAGCCUUCGCUGGCCGCGUCGGCGCCAUGGACCCGUUCCUGGUGCUGCUGCACACGGUGUCUGCCGGGCUGUCGAGGGACGAGCUAACAGAGCUCAAGUUCCUGUGCCAUGGGCGCGUGGGCAAGAGGAAGCUGGAGCGCGUACAGAGCGGCCUGGACCUCUUCUCCGUGCUGCUGGAGCAGAACGAUCUGGAGCCCCAGCGCACAGACGUGCUGCGCGAGCUGCUCGCCUCCCUGCGGCGCCACGACCUGCUGCAGCGCCUGGACGACUUCGAGGCGGGGGCCGCGGCCAGUGCCGCGCCGAGGGAGGCAGACCUGCGUGUGGCAUUUGACAUUGUAUGUGACAAUGUGGGGAGAGACUGGAAAAGACUGGCCCGGCAGCUGAAGGUUUCAGACACCAAGAUCGAUGGGAUCGAGGAGAGGCAUCCCCGCAACCUGAGUGAGCGAGUGAGGGAGUCACUUCGAGUCUGGAAGAACGCAGAGAGGGAGAACGCCACAGUGACCCGCCUGGUGGAGGCGCUCAGGGCCUGCCGGAUGAACCUGGUGGCCGACCUUGUGGAGGAGGAGCAGGCCCAGGAGUCCUAAAACGAGACGGGGGCUGUGUCCCCAGUGUCAUGGAACUACAGUGUAUCCACCUCGGAAGAAUCCUGACAAGCCUGCUGUGACUCUCGUGGGACUGUGUAGACUUGGUUCUUUCCACCAAGGGCAGCCAGGUGUCGCCUGAACCCAGUACUGUGACGACACGACCGGGAGCCCUGCAGAUAGCCUGCUGUCUCGACUGCGGACAAAGCUGUGUGCACUGAGCACCUGUGCCGGCCAUGUAGGACUUUCCCACUUCCCUCCAUUGCCCGGAGUUCCAUUAAGAGAGCACCAGCAGCAGAAGCUGAAGCCACCAUGGGCACAUAAGGCACCUGUGCAAAUCACUGAUGCUACUGUCAUUCUGCAGGGGCAGAGAGCUGUACGGAGGGACCAGAGCUGGAGGGUGUCAGGCAGGAACAGCAUGCUCCUACAUAUCCAGAGUCCACACAGCUGGCCAAGAGGAUGUUGGUCCCCUUUUGUCCUCUUUCCUCUGAGGCCAUCAGGAUCUGACACCAGAAUCAGGGUUGGCUACCUGAUCUAGGAGUCAGGGCACCAUGCAAGCGGUGUCCCUGAAGCUCACAAAGCAGGGACAGCAGUGGCUGUGGAGGUGGGGGGAUGACACCAGGACCUUAAGUGCUCACAGUGGCUGUGUAGUCUGCAUGUCAGUGUCUUGGGAAGACUCUGAUCCCUGUAAUUCUACAGUUGCUCUUCUGUAUCAAAAUCCCACUGACAUCAGAGCUGGCAGAGGCAGACCCUGUACUCACAGGAAGCCCUCCUGCUUCCAGGUGGUCCCUUAAGUGCCUCUAGCCUGGAAGCCUCCGUGUCACAAAACUUUCUGUUCCUAUGGAGGAUUCAUUUCCAACAUCCUCAGGAGUUCCAAUGAAGUCGACCUCAUUGUUCCUUGCAGCUCACCUGGGUGCUAAUCUGUGAAUAGGGUGGUGAGCUUUCCUCAUGGUGCACUCCCCUAAGCUAUAGACGGCACCUUGCCACCCAGCAACUGCCUGUCCUAACAGGCAUGAGAACCAAAGCCAAGCCAAGGUUCUUUUUCCCAGCUGUAUAGCUGUGGCCUUGGGAAAACCACAAGUGCCACACUGUGUCACCUUGGGAUGCUGAGAUCUUAACCAGGAUCCCAGGGAGCACUGAUCCACUAAGCAAUGGAUAUGGUCCUGAGCCCCACCCACCUCCACAACUUUCCAUGUCUCUUCCUUUAUGGGGAGGAGCAGGUUUUGGAGCAACCCUGGCUCCCUCCCAGUCCUUUCCACCCACCCUGUGUCUCCACCCAGGACAAGGUGUGGAGAUGAGUUCCCAGACUCAUUGUCCUCACUGCUGUCCACCCCUGACAGGGAGAAAGUGGGCCAGCCCCUGGCAGCCAAGCCAAAGAGCAUGGUGACAUGGGGUGAGCUUGCACAGUGUCUCCUGAAAUGUGGCACUCAAGACACAUCCAUUCACCCAGUGACCAUCACUGGCACUGAGGUGCUGAGGUCACAACUGGGGACAGCAGCCCACCUUCAGAAAGCUCAGAAUUUUCUGAGAUUCCAAAAACAAGGAAACAAUGACUAGAAGAAGCAUAAACUAGCUGGGCAUAGGGGCGCAUGCCUGUAAACCCAGCCUUGGGAGGCUGAGGCAGGAGGGUCAGCCUGGGCUAUGUAGUAAGACCCUGUCUCACAAAGACCCUAAAGGCCAGAGGCUGGCGUGUGUGUGGUGAUUCUUCCUGGCCAGAAUGGAUGAUAAGACUUACACUUUCUUUGUUUUCUACAUUUUCUAUGAUAAGGUUUUUAUUUCAAAACAACUGGCCCACGAAUGGAGCCGUGGUCCCACAUUCCCUGUGCUGUAGGGAAUGUGGGUGGGGAGCAGUGGAGCAUGGGUACUUAAAGCAAGCCAGGUUCAUAUCUUGGCUCUGCCCUUGGUGGCCCUGGCACCCUGGAGGGACCAUGGGUGAAUAUCGAUUACGUACUGUAGUCUGGACCCUGCUGUGUGGGCAUCUUGAAGAGAGCAGCAGGAUUUCACCCGUGACGGGUCAGCCCAGAGUUCUCCCUCACGUCUGCUCAGAGUGUGGGAGCCCAGCGCUCAGCCUGUGGCCCUGGUGUACCCUUUCAUGCUCCUGUCUGACCAGGUGCACAGCCGCUGGAGGGUGCCAGGAGGGUCCCCACCAGGAUAGGAACCUUGGCUUCAAGGGGUAGGCGACCGAUCUUCUGAUCACUGUCUAAUCAGCACCAUGAUCUUUGGAGCAGGUUUAAUUACACCCCAUGCUGGAGGGGGGAGAGUACUCCAGGGGUCAACAGGCUUUCUUGUAGGACAUUACCAAAAGAGACGGGUCCACACUCCUCUUUGUGCUCCUGUAGGCUGUGCUUCCUGGAGCAGGUACCCUAUUCUGGGGUUCACUUGACAGCUGGAGUUAGAGCCACACCCUGCUCCACGCCCAAGUCUCCAUUCCCAGCAGAGCCCCAGGAGCGACAAGUGAGUGCUCUGCCCUGCUCCACCUCUGGGUGCUGCCACCUCUCCCGACCAUCCUCUCCUCUCCAUGAACUUGUCUCUGCUCUCCUGGUCCUUUCACACUCCACACCCAGCCUGGCCCCACCUAUGCCCCUCAUCCCACUCACCAGGACCCAGGGCCUCCCUUAGCCCUCCCUAACCAUGUCCCCAGUGUGAGCCUGGGACACCCUCUCCAACCCACAUCUUUACCUGGGCCCCGCCCUGCCCUACUGUCAGUGAACCAGCACACCGUCACUGAGCUGCACCCUGGCCUUCUGAGUUCCUGUGGCUGCUGUAUCAAACUGACUGGCUUAAGCAACACUUAAAAGUUCUCAAGACAAAUCCAAAACUGGGUCCCCAGGGGUAAGGUCAGGUGAACGGGCUGGUUCCUUCUGGAAGGCCUGGAGAAUGGUCCUUGCCUUUGACAGCUUCUAGAGGCAACCUGCAUUCUGUAACUUGGGCCCCUUUCUCCAUCUUCAGGCUAACAACUUAGAUAACCAGCCUCUGAUUCUUUGCCACAAGAGCUCUUGGGAAGUCCAGGAUUCAGCCCCAGGCGCAGAACUUCUGCCACGUCAGGGAACACUCAGAGAUCUGGAGAUGAGGAUGUGGGUACCAAGCCUCAAACUCGACAUUUCCCCACACAAACUUCUGCCCUGGGGCUCCCUUCCCCACAAAGCACCAGGUCCUGGACCCUGUGCCUCAUCAGCAUCUCCUAUCCCCCUCCUCUGACCUUUGCCACUGCCCUCCUGCCCAGCAGGGCCUCACCGUUCUUCCUGGACUAGAGUGUAAGUGACCUUCAGGCUUCUGUCCCCUCUGCUCAUCCCACCCCCACCAGCAGCCAGAACCGCAGGACCCAUCUCUGUUCUUAAAAGGCAGGGCUCUUCAUACUUUUAGUUUCUUAUUUUGACCUCUAUGAUAACUAUUCUGAGUCAUCUAGCUGACUUUUCUGACCACGUGGUCCCUGUGGCCUGAGUUUGGAAACAGAUGGGUGAACGUGACUAGGGCCAGUCCCCCGCAGCUGCUGGCACAGAGGCAGGCCUCAUCCUGUAUGGGAAAUAUGCGACAGAAAGCUAUUUCCAUCAAAGAAAGCCUGGAGCUCUCGAGUCGUUUCAAAGCUGAGACUGGGACGGACACAAGCAUCAUCAAAGGUCAGAGGCUGGUUCAGGCAGUACUGGGUCUUCACUGAGCCAAGUGACGUGGGGAUGAAGUUUUUACGGUGUGUCUGGAAUAGAUCUUGGUAGGCAAUUUGAGUCAGGCACAUGGCGACACAAGGCCCCCAGACUCCAAACCACCAAUGACAGUGGGUUGAUCCAAGGCCACAGUUCUGUGUCAUCAAGAGGGCCCCAUGCAUAUUUCGGGGUGGGGCGAGGGGGCUCCUGCGUGGUAUGGAAACCGCCUUAGAGCUGCAUGGUGGUGACAGUCCCACAGUGGUGUGAGUGUGCGUAACACCCCUGAACGCACUACACGGUGAUUACGGGUACGUGUGUGUAUUUUACCACAAUUGAGACCCAUCCCUCACAAUAAAGCUAGUGCAUUUAAUGAUCUGUGUAUUGGUUGAUGAUUUUUAGUUUAGAGGCUGGAAGCACAAGCUUCCAUCCAGCUCUGUUGGAACUGAAGGGUUAAACACCUGCUCACCUCUGGAAGCCAGAGCCAGUUCCCUUCGUUCCAGAGGGGUUUGUGGCUGGAGGAAGCAGCUACACAGUCCCCUGGAGAUGCGGCCCCAGACCACAGCGUCAUCACGAACUGGACAACAUGCAC